AUGUCCGACAGGGAUAACGCCGGGUAUCGGCUGUUGUCUUUCAAAUACACACCAACGAAGCCAGCUUCCAAGAAGAACCAAUCAGAUGAGGAGGAUAAUAAUCUUGGUCAGCCCGACAACAAGUCACGCACUUCGACGGCGUCGACGGGCGAGGAGCCAGAGCUACCAUCUCUCUCAUCACUCGCAUCGGCGCUGCCUGUCAUCGACGCUACGACCCCAUCAAAAAUCCAGCAUGACCACCAAAUCUCAGAUGCAGAAACAAAAGGAGGAGCAGGGAUCGAAACAGGAGAGAAAGACCAACCAGAAGCACAAGUGCUGACCAACUUCCAUCUCUUCGGGGAUCUGCCUACGGAACUUCGCAUCAAAAUCUGGCAUCUGACCUUUCUGCCACGUGUCGUCGAGCUGCAUCCUACCAGGCCCAACUACGCCCGUGACGAUGGCCGUCAGCAGCAGUGGCAGUCUGGCUGUAGCAACCCGGCGGCCCUCUCGGUGUGCUCAGAAGCCCGUGAGAUAGCCCUGGAGCACUUCCGCAUAGCUUACCCCCUGGCCUCUAUCACCUCCCAGCAAGAAACACCAGGCCCGUUUGCCAGGUACGCCGUACCCGACAUCGGCACGUAUGCCUUUUCCGGCGCCAGCCUCAACGGGAAGGCCGGUCUUCGCCGUCGAACACUUCACAUCUCACCCGAAUACGACACGGUGGCGCUUCUCGGCCAGGAUACCGACUUCACCAAACUCUCAAGACUGCGCGACUCGUUCCGUGAUGCUGACCCGAAGGGGGUGGGCAUCAAGAAUCUGGCAUUGUCCACGACGGGAUGGGGCUAUGGUGGAUCGGCUGCUAUGAUGAGGAGUCUGGACAGGAGGAUCUUGAAGGAUCUGGACCAGUUGACGCUUUUCAUGUAUAGCGAGCCGUUGCCUCCUCUUGAAUGGAGAGCUAGGGGUGCUAGUCUGGAUGAGCAGACGUUGGCUUGUUUUAGGAAGACAGGCAACAGGUGUGAAUUGGUUCCUUGCACCAGCGAGGGCAGUAAUGCUUGGUAUGCAUAUAAGCUGUGGAGAGGUGGGAAGGGCCGCCAGUUCUGGAAUGACGAAGGGAAGAUUCUUCGGGUAGGGAAGAACGAGAUGAAAAUUCAGGAUCUGAGGUUCUCAGAUGGGUGGUGA